AUGGGGGGUGGUUGCCUUCCUCGUUUUUCCUCUUCAAACUCAGGAAGGCGCUCCUGCGCCUGCCGACCGUCUCGCUUUCGUCUCCCUCUGCUUGUCAUCUGUGCAUGCAUUCUCCUCGCCUCUCUCGCCACCAAACAAGUCAACGCCACUAGCUGGUUCUACCGCUUCUUCCCCGUCCAGCGAGAGGAGCAUGCGCGCCUGGAAGCCCUCAAGCAAGGCCGGCACACAGGAAAGGAAGAGAUAGACGAGACAGAGGGAGGUAGAGAAAUCCGGGAGUUUGAAGAAGGGACGGGCAGUCGAGACGCUUCCGCUCCCUCUGCGGAGGAAGGGAUACUCCCUGCUGAGUUCCUGCCUCCCUUUCUCCGCCGUUUUCUUCCUCCGCGGACUUCUCAGGCAGCCCAGGUAAAUGUGUCUCGCGAGAACGAGCGGCGAAGCACAGUUCGGGAAGACAUUGAGGUAAAGGAAGGAUGGUUUGAGCAGCCUCUGGACCACGGAAACCCCCUCGUGUUCAACAGACCACAACAUGCCGCGUGGCGGCAAAAGUUCUACAGUGCCAAGAGGAAACGCCCGUCGUGUCAAAAGAGAGAGCAAGCGAGAAACGAACACGGAAGCCUCGAAAACGCGGAAAGGAGCGAGCAGGGGCAAGCAUGCCCCGACGACGCCAUUCGGCCUGUCUUUGUUUACAUCGGUGGCGAGGGGCCCUUGUCUUCCAUGGAAGUCAAGCAAGGUCUCCUAGCAGAGAUGGGCGAAGCCUUUGGAGCUUCUGUGUAUGCCCUCGAGCAUCGCUACUAUGGGGACUCUCACCCUCGCCCUGACUCGAGUGUCCCCAAUCUGCAGUGGCUCACCUCUCAUCAGGCUCUCGGCGACCUUGCGGCUUUCGUCGCACACGUGAAACGCGAGCAAGCUGAGCAACAUCCACAGAACGUCUCUCCUGAAGACAUCCCAGUAAUCGUCUUUGGGUGCUCCUAUCCAGGCUCGCUGGCAGCGUACGCUCGCUCAAAGUAUCCGGCCUCGAUUCUUGGCGCGAUUUCUUCUUCUUCUCCUGUGGAAGCUUCCGCCCUCUUUCAGGCCUUCGAUCAGACCGUCCAGCGCGUCUUGCCCUCUGCAUGCACGUCCCAAAUCAAGGCGGCGACGGCGAUCGUUGAGCGACGGAUCUUCACCAGCGAAGAAGAAGCUGUUAAAGUUGCGGCAAAGUUUGGCUGCGGUGCCGAGGUUUCCAUGAAGACCCACGAUCAGCGCGUGGCUCUUCUGUAUGUUAUAGCCGAUGCAGUUGCCCAAUCGGUGCAAUAUAAUCGCAACCCAAAGCGUCCUUGGAUAGACGAAGUCUGUAACUGCUUCGCCGAGGCGCCGCCCGCAAGAACGGAAAAGGUUGGGAACGAAGACACAAAGGCACGCAGGAGCGAAGAAGAUGAGCUUCUUGAUGCUUUGGCCAAGGCUGUGCAACUCAUGCUUGCGGAGCUGAAGAUGACAUGCAAAGAUUCGAACAUGUUGCAGCUGGCAGAUACACGACUCGGGCCUCAAGCCUCAGCGAGCGCGCGCCUGUGGGUCUGGCAAAGCUGUGCAGAGUACGGCUACUGGCAAGUGGCUUACAAAGGCAGCGUGCGCUCGCGCCUGAUUGAUCUGAACUGGCAUCUCCGCAUGUGCGACGCGCUCUUUCCUCUUCCCUCAGGAAGCAAAUUCAGCACGGAUGUCGUCGACGAGACGAAUGUGUGGUCAGGAGACAAACAUGUGGUUGGCGUCGGAGCUGCCACAAAUAUUCACUUCACCAACGGCGAAAAUGAUCCUUGGGCACCUCUCUCAGUGACAGAAAUUUCGCCGUUUGUCACCGAACGCCAGGGCUUAUCUUCCUUCACCAUAAAGAACGGUAGUCACUGUAACGACUUCUACGCGUACGAGGACGGCACAGAGCCGCUGCCGGUGACGGAGGCAAAGGCGCGCAUUCAGCGCGCCAUCCGUCUGUGGCUAGAGGACUUCCAGGCGAGGCACGCGCAGCGAAGGGCGAGAAACACGCCGGAAACAAACAAAGGAAUAUCCAGGGGGGAAAACGAGUUGUGA